CCCCCUCCCUUUCAUCAUCCAUGAGCAAUAAAGCUACCACCUCCGACUCACUACUGCCGCGCUGCCUGAUGAAAUAAAUGGCGCCUCUGCAUCUGCUGCUGCCCACCCAGUGAUUUCCCUUUGUCCUCUUCCCCGUCCCCGGCUUGUAUUUUUGUUUCUCGAGCUGUUCCUGCUUGGUGCCACCUCCUUGGCUUUUCCGUUUUGGCGCCUCUUCUUCUUCUUCUUCUCCUCCUCCUUUCUCCCUAAAAUAUAUGCCACUGUAGCAUGUUGUAUAAGAGUUUCGUUUUCGUUGCUCAAUCCGUCCAUUUUUUUCUAUGUGCCGCAGGCUUUGCCAGGCCGCCUCCGCCUACUCCCACUGACUUUACCCGCUUGGCUUGGCGCUGCCACCCGGACCAGCCAUCAAAUGUUCCUCAGCCAUACCAUUUCCGUCGUAUAAAUCCACAACAAACAGCAGCAAAGGUCGAAGCUUUGCCCUGCCUGGUGCGGUGCGGUGGUGCCUGCUUCUGCUUGCUUCAUAAAAGUUGCCGGGGACGACGGGCGGGCGGGCGAAUAAGCUGGCGAGGCUCAUGGUCCAGGACGAAGGCUCCUCGUCGUCGGUCACAUCCUCCCCGCUCCACAACUUCUCCAACAUGCCGCUCCACCCGGCCGCCGCCCCGACGCCGCCCUGGCUGCUGCGGGAGCUCCGCUCCGACGAGCGCGGCCUUUGCCUCAUCCACCUCCUCCUUAACUGCGCCGCCGCGGCCGCCGCCGGCCGCCUCGACGCCGCCAACGCCGCGCUCGAGCACAUCGCCUCGCUCGCCGCCCCCGACGGCGACGCCAUGCAGCGCGUCGCGGCAGCCUUCGCGGAGGCGCUGGCGCGGCGCGCGCUCCGGGCGUGGCCGGGCCUCUGCCGGGCGCUGCUCCUGCCCCGCGCCGCGCCCACCGCGGCCGAGCUCGCCGCCGCGCGCCGGCACUUCCUCGACCUCUGCCCGUUCCUCCGCCUCGCAGGCGCCGCCGCGAACCAGUCCAUCCUGGAGGCGAUGGAGUCGGAGAAGAUAGUGCACGUCAUCGACCUCGGCGGCGCCGACGCCACCCAAUGGCUCGAGCUCCUCCACCUCCUGGCCGCGCGCCCCGAGGGCCCGCCGCACUUCCGCCUCACCGCCGUCCACGAGCACAAGGACGUGCUCACCCAGACGGCCAUGGUGCUCACGAAGGAGGCCGAGCGCCUGGACGUGCCUUUCCAGUUCAACCCCGUGGUGUCCCGGCUCGACGCGCUGGACGUGGAGUCCCUCCGCGUGAAGACCGGCGAGGCGCUGGCCAUCACCUCCAGCCUCCAGCUGCACUGCCUCCUCGCCUCCGACGACGACUCGGCCGCGAACGGCAAGGACAGCAACAGUAAGGACCGGCGCAGCCCGGAGUCCGGGCUGUCCCCGUCGACGUCGCGCGCGGACGCGUUCCUGGGCGCGCUGUGGGGCCUGUCGCCCAAGGUGAUGGUGGUGACGGAGCAGGAGGCGAGCCACAACGCGGCGGCGCUGACGGAGCGGUUCGUGGAGGCGCUCAACUACUACGCGGCGCUGUUCGACUGCCUGGAGGUGGUGGCGGCGCGCGGGUCGGUGGAGCGCGCGCGCGUGGAGCGGUGGCUCCUCGGCGAGGAGAUCAAGAACAUCGUGGCGUGCGAGGGCGGCGAGCGGCGGGAGCGGCACGAGCGGCUGGACCGGUGGGCGGCGCGGAUGGAGGGCGCCGGGUUCGGGCGCGUGCCGCUGAGCUACUACGCGCUGCUGCAGGCGCGGCGGGCGGCGCAGGCCCUCGGCUGCGACGGCUUCAAGGUGCGCGAGGAGAAGGGCUCCUUCUUCCUGUGCUGGCAGGAGCGCGCCAUCUUCUCCGUCUCCGCCUGGCGCGGCCGCCGCUUCGACUGACCCCCAGACGACGCACGCACCGACACGGCGCCGCCGGUGCCGCCCUGUAAGCCCUUCCCGUAUUUUGUGGGAGGGAGACGUAGAUUCGCUCGUGGUACUCGCGUCAGGUGCUCGUCACGUAUUGUUUUGGUCCGUGUUCUUAGGGUGGUGUCGUGUUCAGGUCAGGCGAAGUCGGUUGCCAUGUGUUGUUUUGUUCAUACUCCGUAGUAACUGUAUCCUCUCCGUUCUGGAUGAAAUGCAUAAACUUUCCUAGGAAUGAUCUAAACAAAUCUCCUUUUUUUUUUUGCCCCCAUAAA